ACACAGGUACAUGCUUUGAAAUGCUGUAAUCCAGACUGUGCAAAGUGAGUACAAGCUGCGUGGAAGUUACCAUUGAGAGGAAUGCUAUGCAGAGUGAGCGCUGUGCAGUUAAUGGAGCGUGCACUCAAGCAGCCAGAUGUUUCUCUCAUCUGAUUUGAUAAUAAUAACCUGACCAACAAUGGGAAGUUUUUUGGCUGAUCUGCUAAUACUUCUGAUUUCCAUAGGACACGUUUAUGCAGUUUCCUUUUAUGGCAAUGGCUACAUUCACCUGCAAGCAAUAGAAAAGUCCAUUCAGACGUUAAUCCACGUACGAUUUCAUACCUCAAGUCAGUCUGGGCUACUGCUUUUGGCAGCAGGACAGAGAGACUUUUUACUUCUUGAGCUGAUUUCUGGAUGCCUGCAGGUACGACUGAACCUGGGCUCAGGUGAGCGGUUGCUACGUUCAGAAAGGGGUAUCCAUCUUAACGAUCUGGCCUGGCACACAGUGGAUCUCAACCAUACACACCACAACAUCAACAUGAUUGUCGAUCGAAGUUCUCACACCACUCUCCGAAUGCCAGGACCAGAUUUGGAGCUUAGCAUUGAGGAUGGGCUUUUUGUUGGUGGGACAGCUGGACUAAAACAUCCUUACCUUCUGAACAUCUCAACUGGAUUUAGGGGUUGCUUGGAUGAAGCUGUCUUCAAUGAACACAACCUACUGUCCAGCCUUCAGCCGUAUUCUGGGUACAAAAGCAUCCACGAGGUAUCCCUGGGUUGUAGUCCGCAGUUUUUAGCAACAGAAGAAGACCCUGUGAGGUUUUCCAGCUCUAAAGCCUUUAUCUCUCUCCCACAAUGGGAGGUCCUGCAAGAGGGGACAUUUGAGUGUGAACUUCACCCUUCCUGGACAGAUGAAAAUGGACUUGUCUUGUACAGCUCUGGGAGUGACGGAGGGUUUGUCUCUAUUGAGAUCAGAGACGGUCACCUUGUGGCCUCAAUAGGAAAUGGAAAGGGUAGUAAAACUGAGCUGCAUUCACUGACACAUGUCUACAGCAAGCACACCUGGUACCCCAUCCAGCUGCUCCUGCAACCUGACAGCAUCCAACUGAAGGUAGGCAAGGAGUUAGUGAAGGCCAGCCUGAGUCAGGAACUUCAGGCCAUCCAGCCCAAAGGACCUCUUGUCCUUGGAGGACUGGAUGAUGUCGCUGUAGGAAAAGCAAGAAGUGCUGGAUUAGCUUCUGUUCCUUUUGGAGAAGAAGGAGGAGGAAGAUCAUUUAAAGGCUGCCUCCAAAAAAUUAGAGUGAACACUCAAAAAACUGGCUUACCUCAUGCCAUGGUCACCAAAGACAUUACUGUCGGCUGCAACAUAGGUCAGGCUCCAAAGGUAGUGAUCAUUUCCAAUCCAACAGAUCUCCCCGACUUUGAUGUUACCACAACACAAAUGAUCAGCAACAAGAGGACCACAAACCUAUUGGUGCUUCGAACCCUGGAGGUAGCUGAAGGAGGCCAGACACUACUUGAACCCAAACACGUGAGGGUGAAUAUUGAUUUUCGCAAACUGGGGAUCCAUUCAUCAGAACUGAUGUGUCGCAUUGUUGACCCUCCUGUUCAUGGUCAGCUACAUUUGAACCCCAAUCCAGAUCCAGAUGGGUUGCCUGAGGAAACACAGGAGAGAAUUAUAGGGAUAGGAGCAAAGGAGAAGGACCGAUCUUUCAGCAUGCUGGACCUGUGGCGAGGUCGGGUUAUGUACGUUCACAGUGGCUCAGAGGACCAAAAUGACUUCUUCAUGUUUUCAAUCUUCUUUAACAAUAAGAAGCCGCUGCCUGUACUUCUGGAAGACAACCAUGUGCACCGGUUUAAUAUCAGCAUCACUCCAGUUAAUGAUCCUCCUGUUCUCAGCUUACCACAAGGAAACCUUUUCACUCUGCCGGAGAAGUCCAAACGACAGCUGACAACAGAUAUGCUGAGAGUCUCAGAUCCUGACAACAGUCCUGAGGAUCUUGUUUUUAACUCAAUGGGGAACCUCAAUUCUGAAGCUGGUUACCUCGAGAACCUAGAUUACCCUGGCAGGCCUAUCAACUUGUUCUCUCUGAGUGAUCUGGAGGAGGGUAAGAUCAGUUUCGUGCACACAGGAGUUUCUGCCUCCAGGCUGGUCCUCAGAGCCAGUGAUGGGCAUAGAGUCAGCAAUGCUGUAGUUUUACGGAUCAUGGCAGUUACUCUUGAAUACAAACUAGUGAAUAAAACUGGACUGGAGGUGAAUCAGGGAGAAUCGGCCAUCAUCAGCACCAGACACCUUGCGGUGCGGGUCAGUGUGGCUGAUAGUUCAGUGGACGUGUGGUAUGAUGUGACGGACUUACCACAGUUUGGUGAGAUCCAGAGGUUACACUCAAGUGGCGAAUGGAAAUCCACUACCUUUUUCUCACAGAAAAUUCUGGAAAAAGAAAGGAUUCGAUAUAUUAGCACCUACCGUGGAAUUCAGACUCAGAGCAACAUUACAGACCAAUUCAAAUGCAAGAUAGUAAUCAAUUCAGUCGCCAAAGAGGAGGUUGUUUUCCCCAUAGAGAUCCGCUGGAUUCAGUUCAAGGUAACAAGGAGCAAGAUGGAAGUGACCGGCCUUGAGAGUGCUGUUCUCACACCGGAAGACCUUCAUGUGAUUUCUAAAGGUGUUAAAAUCAGUGAGAGUGAUCUUUUUUACAAAGUUUUGACAGCUCCAAAGAAAGGACGAUUGUUCCUCAACCAAAUGGUUCUGCAAAAGAACUCAAACUUUAGCCAAGAGAACAUCACAGAGGGUUUGGUUAAGUAUGAGCUUUUUAACAGGCUGCAUGAUGACACAAGAGAUGUCUUCAGUUUUCAGGUGUUCUCUGCUCAUGCUGCUUCAACACCUUAUGACUUCAGAAUCAACAUUAAAGCCGAGUCAAGUGCCGUAACCAUCAUAAAUAAAGGCCUUUUAAUCCUUGAAGGAGCAAGUAAAGUAAUUACGAAAGAUAUUUUGUUCACUCACACAGCAAGCAACCGGGAGGUUCUUUAUAACGUAACAGUGAGCCCCAAGCAUGGCCAGCUAAGGAAGAUCAAUCUAUCCAACUCAACUUCCAUUAAUGACAACAUACUGACGUUCAGCAAUCAGGACAUCACAGAGGAGCGAAUCAUGUACGUUCAUGAUGACAGCGAGACCAGACAGGAUUACUUCACGUUUCAAAUUGCUGUUUACAAACCGCACAAAAACACAAACAAGAAGGAAGACGGAAACACAGAGGAGCACAUGUUUAACAUCUCUGUGCAACUCGUCAAUGAUCAGAGACCCGUCAGGGUUGUCGAUGAAGUCUUUCACGUUGCCCGGGAUGGACAGAGGUUGGUGACGCUGAAAGACUUGCGGUACCGAGACGAUGACUCGGAUUUUGAAGACAGCUGGCUGGUCUACACUCGGAGGGGGAUUCCAAUGGGGGAGUUGGUGCUGGCCAGUGAUCCCAGUCACAGGCUGUAUGAGUUCACACAACGGGACCUUGAGCAGAAUAAGGUGUUGUUUAUCCACAGUGGGGUCAGUUUUGGCCGCUUUGUGCUUUUUGUAACAGAUGGAAAACAUUAUGUUUCAGCGCUGCUGGAGGUGAUGGCGCAGGAUCCAUACCUGCAGGUGGAGAACAACACAGGCCUCAUGGUCCAGCAGGGUGGGAUUGCAGCCCUGACUUCUGUUAACCUCAGCGUCAUCAGCAACCUCGACAUUCGGGAUCCUCAGGAAGUGACUUUCGAGAUCUAUGUUCCACCUAAACAUGGCGUUCUCUGCUUCAACGACGGGCAGAAGGAGGCGAUCAUAGGAACUGAUGCCAUUUCAGUUUUCACCCAGAGAGAUCUGGUGGCGGGGCGUCUGGCAUAUCACCACAGCGGAGGUCACGAGUUGUUGGAUUUUUUCAAUGUGACGGCAAGAGCAAGGGAAAGAAGCACUGAGAGGCGGACUGAACGAGGGAGGAGGGACGUGCAUCUAGAUAUUGGAGUGCCGGUGAAGAUAUACUUAGAGAGUCAUCACAGACCUCCAACUAUCAAAACCAACCGUCCAGUUGUGGUGGCCGAGGGACAGAACACCUCCAUUAGCAGAGAAGACGUAGAAGUUGUCCAUGAGGACAGUUUACCAUCAGAUAUAGUCUUCACUGUCCAAGAACCUCCUAUAGUGGGCAUCAUUUAUAGAGUAUCAGGCAGCAACAAUCUGGAAAAUGUUCAUAGAGAAAAACAGGACCUUGAAAAGGGUUUCAAGGAACAGAUUGUGUCUUCCUUUACCCAAGAGGAUCUCAACCAGAGAUCAAUCAUGUAUCAGCAGCAGGCUGUUGGAAGCAUCAAUGACUCUAUCGUCUUGGAAGCAACCAAUGGGGUGACAAAGAUUGGACCUAUCAGGGUGAUGAUUGACAUCAUACCUAUCCUGCUUCCACUUAAGGUGUUGAACUUGACCUUGGAUGAAGGGUCAUCCCUGCCACUCACAUCCAGCAUAAUCAAGGUUGCCAGUCAUCACUUUGCAGGGCUGAAUUUCCUUUACCAGGUUAUUGCUCCACCAAGGUUUGGACACUUAGAGCACAGCCGUAUCCCAGGGAUGCCUAUCAAUGCUUUCACUCACACAGAGGUGGAGCUUGAGUACAUCUCCUAUGUCCAUGAUGGCAGUGAAACACUAAAGGACAACUUCACGAUUGUAGCCAAUCAAACUGAGAUGAAAAAGCACAGCUUGCCAUGCACCGUUUACAUCACAGUCACACCUGUCAAUGACGAGACCCCUGCUGUGACCACCAACCGUGGCCUAAAGGUUUGGGUGGGUUCUGUAACAGAAAUAAGUACAAAUGAACUCAGUGCAGAUGAUGUGGAUACUCCACCCGAGGGCCUGGAGUUUGUCAUCACGCCACCUAGCAACGGUCACUUGGCUCUGAAGAGCGCCCCCUCCAGACACAUCCUGAACUUUACCCAAAAUCACAUCCAGAGCAGGAUGCUGGUGUUUGUGCACAGUGGUGCAUUAUCAGGGGGCUUUCACUUUCAGGUGAAUGAUGGAGUUAACUUUGCUCCUCGGCAGAUCUUCAGCACAACAGCCCAUGAUCUGGUUCUUACCUUACAGAAGAACCACCCUAUGGAGGUGUACCCAGGCUCUGUGACACCAAUCUCAGAACAGGAGCUUCAGGUUGUUACCAACAACAUCAGUGACAUUGGAAGGAACCAGUCUGUGGUUUUUGCUGUGACUGCACCUCCCAAAUUUGGACGUCUGGUCCUACGAAUGCCUGAUAACUCUUUCAGAAACAUUUCUACAUUUACACAGAGCAUGGUGAGUGAUGGGUUGAUUCUGUACGACCAGAACCAGCCGGAGUCGGUUGGGUGGUCAGCUGCGGACUCCUUUUCUUUCACCGUUUCCUCUCCUCCAGCUUUUCUUCCUCCGCACACCUUCACCCUUUUAAUCUCCUACCAAGCCAACGAACACCUGGGCAACGUCCAACACAGGACUAGACUACUAAACAAUGCAGGUGCCGUGGUGGCCGAAGGAGGCAGAGUGACCAUUGACCGCUCUAAGCUCGAUGCCUCCAACCUGCUGGGAAACCUCCCAGAGUCACACAGAAAGAACCACCACAUCAUGUACCGAGUGAUUUCUCUGCCCAGACACGGAGCGCUGACCAUACAGGGACACAAUCUCACCAGCAGACAGUCAGAUUUCUCUCAGGCCACCCUAAACAAGUUUGGCAUCAUGUAUCUCCACGACGACUCAGAGACGACGAAGGACAGCUUCACAUUUCGAGCCUGGGUGGCUCCUUUGCAUCUUCCCUCUUCCUCCUCUUCCUUAUCCCUGUCUGCCUUUUCCUCUGAUUCCUCUUCCACCUCUUUCUCUCCUCUCUACUCUCCUUCGUCAUCCUCCUUUCCUGGACUGGGCACAGCCUCUCAUCGCCGCCCUGCGGUGGAUAGCGUGGCGGUGACAGAGAUGUUCAACAUCACUGUGACGCCAGUCAAUGACCAUCCGCCACUAAUCAGGAGCAGAGCUCCGAGCAUGAAGGUUGUGGUUGGGGAGAGAGUCAUUCUUGGACCUGACAACCUUCAGGUUGAGGAUCAUGACACGCCACCAGAAGAGCUGCACUACCUUGUGAUCAGUAAGCCCAACAAUGGCUACCUGACUUUGGGAGAAAGGCCAGAGAUAGUGACCUCUUUCACCCAGUAUGACGUCAACCACGGUCGACUACAUUUUACACAGCAGGGUGAGGUUUCAACUGGAGUUUUCUACUUCAAUGUCACCGACGGCCACCACCGUCCGCUCUACAAGCUGUUUAGCAUGGAGGUGGUUAAACCGUCGGUAUCCAUGGUUAACAACACCGGCCUGUCGUUGGUUCAAGGUCGCACGGCGGUGGUGCUGACAACCAACCAGCUGGCGGCUCAAACCAAUGGUCAGCGACAGGCCAAUAUCUCCUACACAGUCACCAAGCACCCACGCCACGGACGCAUCGCCAUCAACGACCAGGAGGUCACCACCUUCCGGCAUGAGGACCUCCAGUUUGGGCGAGUGGUCUAUCACAUGACUGACCUCAGCGAAUCAGAGGACAGCUUCCAGGUGUCAGUGUCAGCCUGGUCUGCUGGUGUUGACUAUGGGAGAGUGACGGGGCAGACGGUGAACGUUACAGUGCGUCCUCUGAUCUACCUGAGAGAGCCAGUCAGAGUACCGAGUGGCAUCGCAGUGAAACUGGGCAAAGCCAUGAUUGAUGCCUCCGAACUGGCCAGAAUCAGCAGAGUCGAUCCGGUCUUUGAGGUUCUUUCUCCACCAAAACAUGGAAAAUUAGUCAAGAUUACCUACGACCCAAACCACGCGUUACAGGCACUGAAGUCAUUUACAUUCAGGGAUGUCGUUCAGGGCCGAGUUGCCAUAGAAGAGACUCUCAGUGACGCCGACAACCAGAUUCACAAUAACGAAUCCUCGCUCACAAAAGCGCGAGGCCACACUCCAGCCACACCCCUCAACGAUUCCUUCACCUUCCUGCUGAAGGCCGGGAACGUCCAGCCAGCAAAGGGCGAGCUUCACUUCACCAUCUUCCCGCACCACCAGAUGCGCCACGGCACAAGAGGUGACCACAAAGCGCACGGUGCGAGCCACGAGCGCAUGACCCCCCAUUUGGGAGCAGACAACAGAACGACUCUGGGAGCCGGACACAGAGACUCUGUGGGACACAGUGCGACUGCCGAGAGCUCGCACCCUCACAUUUUGUCAAACAAAAACCACAACAAGACUCAGCGGAAGGCAAAACCCCACAGCCGCUGGGGGAACCGAACGCGCAGUCAUGGAGGACGAUCAGGGAGCAUCCCAGAGGUAGCAGUGGAAGAAGGCCACACUCAUGCCCCACAACCCCACACUCCUCCGGUACCAGAAGUGCCGGUUCCAAUAAGCCCUCCAAUCCCCGACCUGGUCCAAGUCGAGAUCCUCCCCCGUCCCGCCUCUGAUCCCCUCCUCAUUAUCCUUCCUCUGCUGGCCUGUUUGCUUCUCAUCAUUAUCCUCGUGGUUCUGAUUCUGGUUUUCCGGCAUCGCAAAGAGAAACAAGCUCGGCAGAGACUGAUGCAUGAACUGGCUGCCAUGCAGCUGCCCACCGAGGACAGCCCAUACCUGGGCCAACCGGAGAGAAGCAUGGCCAUGCCCAACGUGCUGGUCACCCAACUCGGCUCCGCAAGCUGCCCCACCUCCCCCAGGAUCCCCAUGAGCCCAAGGAGGAGUCUGGCUCCAGGAAUGACCUUCUGGGGGCCGUUUGAAUCCAACUUAGCAGGCAGGGAUGGAAACAUCAGAGGUCGUAACAACAGCGAAAGAGAUUCUGGUGAUACACCCCAAGUUCCUCCUGCAGGAUUUAAAACCUCGUGGAGAUCCCAGUCCCCAACUCUUAAAGACAGCCAGUAUUGGGUUUGAAGGCAAGUUCUUCAUACAUAAACUGUGCCUUAUAAAGGUGUAUUAGCAGAUAUGUUUGCUUUCUAUGCGUCAUGUGUGGCAUUUCAGGCUGAUCUAACGUAUAUAGAAUAUGCAUCUUCCAUCUAAGUAGUUUAGUUUCACAUGAAAUGUUUUGCUAAACUUUGCUCUGAUGAUGGAAAAUGUCAAUGUAAAGCGACUUCUGUUGUCUUAAGGGCAGGCGUUUCCUGGUUACAGUUAAACAAAUAUUUAAUGAGGAAGGUUAUUAUACUUUUUAAUUUGUUCCCAGACAGCUAAGUUAAACUUUAAAAACAAACACAUUAAAUGACUAACAUACGUACGUCUCAGUGAUAAGGUAUUAAAAAACCUCUUUCCUUAAAUUUGAUGUUACUUCCUCUAACUUUCAUGUCAGCUGUUAGAUUGGAUUUUAUUAUGUGUGCCCCUUCAAGUACUGUAAGUUCUAUGUAUGCAACAAAGAAAGCAUUGCAAAAGAAUUCCGACCCCAUGAUUUUAUUUUUUAUUUUUUGCUAUACCUAUACCUUUCAAUGUGUUUUAUUGGGAUUUUAUGUAAUACACCAACACAAGGUUAUUGGACAUGUUUCAUUGUGUUGUUUAAUGUAUUUUUAAUUUUGCUGUCCUUUUGGAAUAUAGACCUCCCACACAUCAUGCUCCUCAAGCUGUUCCACUUGAUAAAAUUAUCAAUACUGUUGGCAGAUAUUACAUUAAGCACAAAUAUUGAAAAGACAAUAGUUUUUAAUGUUUUGUACUGGUUUGCUUUGAAAUUCUUGAAAAAAAGAUAAAAUGCAUACAAAAAUAAAUACAAGUAUAUAGGAGCAUAAAUGCUUGUGCAAGACAAUACCUGCGUAAACAUUGUUUUGCUUUUUGAACUCUCAUGUUUCAUUGGUCAAGGUUUGUAACCGUUUAAGGCAAUGAACCGAUGCAGCAGCUAUUGUUUUAUGAACAAUCACCAGUGAAAUGUACAUGAAUGUUGUAGACUGUUAUUUCUUAAAAUGCUACAUUUUCUGUCAUUUUGAACCUCUCCAUUGUGUGCUUUUUUAACCUGUGUUGUUUUACUCUUUACUGUUCAAAUGUAAAAUUGUUUUUAAUAAAAUAUGUUUCUUAAAAAUUAC